CUCAACGCGAAAGUCCGUCGGAGAAGAAAGAGAGUAAGGAAAAAUGGCGACUUUUGCGCCGCUCUCAGUUAUCUCUGCCAAUUCAGUCCCCAAAAUCUUCCCCAAUCACCUCGGAAUUAGGAUUGGGGUUUUGGGUCGGAGGGAAAUAAGUUCGGUUCAUCUCAAUCAUGGUGGGAGAAGCAAAUUACGGAGACUGAAUGCAGGGUUGACGGAGAUCGAACCUGACCUCAACGAAGACCCAGUUGAUCGCUGGGAAACCAACAGCGUCAGCGUUGAAGAUUUUGAAUACGGGAAGUAUGAUGGACACCAUACUUACUAUGAAGGAGAACAGGAGAAAGGAACAUUUUGGGGAGCAAUUGCAGAUGAUAUUGCUGCUGUAGAGCCUCCUUCAGGUUUUCAAGGUUUUAUUUCAUGGCUCUUCCUUCCAGCUGUUGCAGCAGCAAUGUAUUUCAAUGUGCCGGGAGAGUACUUGUUCAUAGGAGCUGCUGUGUUUACGGUAAUAUUCUGUAUAAUUGAGAUGGAUAAGCCUGACAAGCCACAUAACUUUGAGCCUCAGAUAUAUAACAUGGAGCGUGGAGCUCGAGAUAAGUUAAUCAAUGACUACAACACCAUGAGCAUAUGGGAUUUUAAUGAGAAAUAUGGAGACCUCUGGGAUUUCACUGUGAAGAAGGAUGACAUAAUGAAGAGGUGAUGUACCGUGGACAAAAAAAUAGUUGUAGUUUUAUAAUCAUCAAUUAGCAACAUGAGCGGCCAGAAAGAUAUAUAUAGUUUUCUUUUAUUUCUGUUUCUUUUUCUCCAAUUUUUAUGUCUAAAUAUUCUUCUUCCUGCAAAUUCCCUAUUUUGUUAAUGCUUAGCAGUGGUUAAAUCCCUUUUCCUAUGAUUAAUGAAAUUAGAAAAUCGGUGCUUCUCAUUGACAUCUUGCUUGACUUAAGGAUUAUGUAAUCUAUUUUCUUAUUUGUUUUGGCCGACAUAUCUUUUCUU